AUGAUUCAAAGAUAAUCAGUAGAGUAAAUGCUAGGCCCUUAAGCUAAUUUUCAAAAGGUUGAGUUAGUGUUUAGCAAUGAUGACUUAGGAAUAAAAUUUCAAAGCGAUUUAAAUUAGUUAGAAGGAAAAGACUAAGACUAUUUGAACAGCCAAAUUCAUUAAGAUAAGUUUAAAGCAACUCAGAUAUAGCUUGAUAAUACCACUUUUUUUAAUAAAACAAUGGAAUAAUCAAUAGCAAAUCUAUAACUAUAAAAGCUUAUGACAAAUAACCUAUUCAACAAUUCAGACACUGAUUAAUUAAAGUCUUUAACUUAAAGAGCUCAAAAUAAUGAUGAAUAAACAUCGAGUAAUAUUUUAUAUAAUCUAGAAUAAAAAAAGCACUCUAUGACAUAGAGCUUGAUUAGAAAUAAAGAAAAAGAACAAACUUAAAUACCAAAAUAGUAACACGAUGAAUAUAUAUAAAGCCCAAUAAUUAAUAAAUAAAAACAAAACAAUUAAUUUUCUUGUGAGAAGCAGAAAAUGAAAGCAAGGAAUGAUGAAAUCUUAAAAAAAAAUUUUAUGAUGAACUCAAAAAAGAACAUAAUGUAUUUCUUAUAAAAACUAACACCUUUUGGGAGAAAUAGGUAUUUCAAAAGCAAAAGAAUUGUAAAAAUAAUAGGGGAUAAGAGCUAUGUUAUUUAGAAAAACGCUUUUACUGAAGGAGAACACAGCAUUAAAAGCUUAUUUUGUAGAACUGUUGCAAAAAUAAUCUAAUUACUGAAUAGUAGAAGUUUGCUUAUUAAUCCUAUAAAUUAGUUCUAUUUAGCUAUUUUGUCUGUAUUUUCUUGCUUUAAUGUAGUAUUUUACAUUAUACUUUCUAUUUAUCUUGUUUUUAUAUAAAGUCAAGAAUUAGAAAUAAAUUAUUAAAGAUCAGUCUGCAUUCUUUGGUUAUUAGAAAUUAUUCUUCAUCUCAAUACUUAAAUUUUCGACUCUUCAAAAUUAAUUACAAAUAGAAUUUAAAUCUUUAGCAUUUAUAUAAAGAAAAGGGCAAUCUUUGACUUUAUACCUUUAAUAAUUCUACUUAAUUCUGGAAGUUCUUUAGAAGGAUAAAAAAUAUAUUUGAUUUUCAGCUUCAUCAAGCUUAAAAACACCUUAAGUGAUCUUGAAUCAAUUUAAAAAACCUUAAAAAUUUUUUUUUAGAAAUAACAUAUUUUGAUGCUAUUCGAGUUAAUUUUUAAUAUAUUCAUUUUCUCUCAUUUAAUUGCAUGCUUUUGGUAUUUAAUUGGUUAAAUCGAAAUAAAUCUACUGAAUUUAAAUAAAACAUGGUAUAGCCAUUUAGAUUCUGAUGAUUUAACAUGGUGGAAUAUCUAUUUAGAUUCUUUUAAUUGGUCUAUCACGGUUCUUGUCACUGGACAAAAUACAGUUUCCUCUCCUCUUUAAAGAUUAUUUGCAAAUUUCAUUAUGAUGUUUGCUGUACUAUUUUUUGGAUAUAUUUUAAACUAAAUUCACGAGAUAAUAAAUUUAUACCAAUAGGAUAGUAAGCAAUUGAGUGAAUGUAAUACUAAAAUAAAUAACUACAUGAAUAAAAUUAAAACUUCAAGUCUUAUAUAAAUGAAAGCAAACAUUUAAUUAGAAAAUUUUCAUCAGUACUUCCAAAACAAAAAUAGCGAAGAAGCUCAAAGUAUUCUUAAAUAAAUAUCUCCAGAAACAUACAAAACGAUUAAAAUAGAGUAUUUGUAAAAUAUACUUAAAAAAAUAGAUUUCCUAAAUCAAAAUUUUUCAAAGCAAACCUUGUUUGAGCUUGCAGAAACAAUACAAGAAGAUUUUUAUGGAAUGGGUUAAACAAUAAUUAGCCAAAGAGAAUAAAGUUAGGCAAGUUUAAUUUACGUUGUAGAAGGAGAAUUGUAAGUGUUUUAACAUUUUUAAAAGAAUGAAUAGAAUUAAAUCCCAAUUUAAAUUUUAAAGAAUGGAGAUUUGUUUGGCAAAUAUAACUUUUUCUCAGGCUAAAUAGGUUAAAUUUCAGUAAAAACAAAAAUACCAACUAAGAUCAUUAAAAUAAAUAGAGAUAAAUUUAUAGAAAUAGUAAAAAAUAAGGAAGGUGAUUAUGAAGUCUUUUGUGAUUUAAAAGAUAGAAUUACACUAAGCGAAAAUUAUGAACUGAUAGGAGAGAACUGUAUUUUUUGCUAAAGUAACUUCCACUUACAAAUUGAAUGUCCAGUAAUCCAUCUUCCUAAAAAACUGAUUUACUAUACAAGUAAAUUCGCUUAAAAUGUUGAGCAAUCAAGGUAAACUCAAGAAAGAAAAAAGAAUAAACAAAAUCCUUUAUAUUCCUUCAAAUAAAAUAAAAUGAUUGCAAAGAAAUUCAUAAGGAAUUUUAGGAUUCAGCUAAAAGAAAAUAAUGAUAUGAAAAGGAACAUUAAUUUGUGUUUACUUUACAAUUUAUCUUCUGAAGAUAUCUCUUCAGAAGAAAAUGAUAAUAUGAGUGCAAGUGCAAAAGAAAGUUCUUUUUAAGAGGAAUCAAAAGAUGAUAACUAGAAAUUGCAACAACGAUUAAGUUCUAAAAGAAUAAGCUCUAAUGUAUAAGAAAAUGCAAAUCAUAAAACUUAAAAUAUUAUCCCAACUUCACAGCAGUAAAUGGACACAAUGAUCAUAGAUUCUUUAUUAAAUAAUGUUGAAGAAUUUAAAAUAAUUUCCUAAAAAUCAGCACAAACAAUUCAGUAUAGUAGCAAGUAUCAACUAGGAACUCAAUCAUAAAAAAACAGAUUAUCAACAUCUUAAUUUCUGAUAGAAGAUGAAAUUAGCAAUAAAAAAAAUACUAACGUCCUACUACCAAAUUCAACUUCUUUCUUCAAUAACCUUGAUCCUGAGUUUAAAUCAGAAGCACCGUUAACAACGAGUUUAGGAACUAAAUAUACCAAGUAAUAGACCUCAAUUGCAGAAUUCAGUAAUGGUAGAACCAAAAGUUUAGAUAGGAACGAAAAUGAAAAGGCCUAACAAUAUGAUUUAGAUUUAAAUUCUAUAAGCAAAUACUUAAAGGCUAAAAAAUCAGUCUUUUUCAGCCAGCAAGAUAAUAACAGUGAUUUUGAUAAAUACUAAAGAUACUAAAAAAAAUUAUAUUAUUAACAUAGAUAUAAAUUAUGA